GGUACACAAAGAUUUCUUCAUUUAAAUUAUUAUUAUUAAACUUCAAUCUCAUCUAUAAGAGAAUCAUAGUGUUCACCUCAAAAUACAACCCAUAAUUCCCCAAACAAAAAUAUGGAUCUUCCUCUUCUCCUCAUAUCCUCAUCCAACUUUGCUCUACCUGCCAUACUCUUCACCCUUCUCUUCUUUCUUUAUGCUCUCUUCGCUUCAUUUAUCCACGGUCGUCGUAACAGACUACCGCCCCAACCCGACGGUGCUUGGCCGGUCAUCGGCCACCUCCCUCUACUCACUGGAAAAGAACUCCUUCACAAUACCUUGGGGAAAUUUGCUGACAAUUAUGGACCAAUCUUUAUGCUAAGGUUCGGUACCAAAAAAACCUUGAUUGUUAGCGGAUGGGAAGUAGCAAAAGAGUGCUUUACUACCAAUGACAAAAUUUUUGCAUCUCGCCCGAAAUUUGCUGCCGCUCAGCUUCUUGGCUAUAACUAUGCCAUGUUUGGGACUAGCCCAUAUGGUUCUCAUUGGAGGCAUAUUCGUAAAAUAGUCAUGCUCGAACUUCUUGCUAACCACCGUAUGAACAGGCUGCAACACAUACCGAGGUUAGAGGUUCAAAAUUCCAUCGAGGAACUACAUGAGCUAUGCAGAUCAAACAAGAAAGCGGUAGUGGAGAUGGAGAAGUGGUUUGGAGAUAUAACUCUAAACACCAUAUUUAAGAUGGUCAUUGGAAAGAGAUUCUCCACUACCUUUGAAGGGUGUCAUGGGGAAGAGUAUCAGAAUGCAUUGAAAGAUUUUUUUAAUUUGUUUAUCGCUUUUGUUCCCUCAGAUUUGUUUCCGUUUUUAAGAUGGUUUGACUUUGGAGGAUACAAGAAAUCCAUGAAGAAGACGGCGAAGAUUAUGGACGAGAUGCAUGAUAAAUGGCUUAGAGAGCAUCGGGAGAAGAGAAAUUCCGAUGGACUGGUGAUUGAAGAUCAAGAUCUCAUGGACAUCAUGUUGUCUAUAACCAAGGACGAGGAUUUUUCCGGCUACGAUGUCGAUACAAUCAUCAAAUCUACAUGUUUGGCCAUGAUAUUGGGUGGAUUUCACACCACCACAGCACAAAUGGUAUGGGCUCUUUCAUUACUUCUAAAACAUGAAGAAGCACUCAAGAAAGUCCAACUUGAAUUAGAUGAACGAGUUGGAAGAGAAAGACAAGUUAAUGAGUCAGACAUAAACGAUUUGAUAUAUCUCCAAGCAGUUGUGAAGGAAGCGUUGCGUCUAUAUCCUGCAGCACAGCUUUCAGUUCCUCAUGAAUCUAUUGAAGAUUGUACAGUGGCAGGUUAUCAUGUUCCAGCAGGCACAAGAUUAUGGGUUAAUCUUUAUAAACUCCAAAGAGAUCCAAAUGUUUGGGAGAGUCCAACAGAAUUUCGUCCAGAGAGGUUCUUGACAAGUGAAAAGAAUUAUGAUGUGAAUGGACAAACUCCAGAAUUUAUACCAUUUGGCAGUGGUAGAAGAAUUUGUCCUGGAAUUUCAUUUGCUAUUCAAGUUAUGCAUUUGACACUUGCAAGACUACUUCAUGAGUUUCAAAUUGGGCUACCUACUCAAGAGCCAAUUAAUAUGGAAGAGAGUGUUGGGUUGAAUAUUACCAAGAAAGUUCCACUUGAAGUUGUCGUAACUCCACGUCUUUCUCCUUAAAUUUAUAAAUAGUUUUGUGUUCCAAUCAUUUUUAGAAAGUUAUAUACCACUCUUUGUAAGAAUAAUAAAAAUAAUUAUGAUAAUAGAACGCAUGUUACACCAUUUUCUAAAUUUGCAAAGUAGCAAUUUAAGAUGUGAAUCCUCAUAAAACUCUAUGAUUACUAUCUGA